UUUCGACCCGUCAGCCGCCGCCCGGGUCAGUUCGCGUCCGGAUAGCGAAGGAGUUGCUUGAGGUUACGUUACUGCAGGGCAGCUGCGAAAGCCCCUCUUCGUCUUCAGGUGUGAAAGGAAGGCGUCCCGUGGAACUUUCUCUUCAUCGUGAGGCGUCGGCGGUCUGUGGAACCAAGUGUUGGGUAAGGAUCCUCAAAGGCCAGGAAGCUUCAACCGCAGGCGCAGAUGUCCAACUACGUGAACGACAUGUGGCCCGGCUCGCCGCAGGAGCCCCAGUCGACGCCGGGCCGGUCCAGCCGGCUGUCCUCGGCGACCCGCAGCCGCUCUUACAGGAGCUCGCGGUCCCGUUCCAGCGUUUCCAGCCGUUGGUCGUCCAGGAGUCGGAGCCGGCCCCGGUGCAGGAACAGGUCCAGGUCUAGGUCUCGUUCCCGAAGGCGCCACCAGAGGAAGUACAGGCGCUACUCGCGGUCGUACUCGCGGAGCCGGUCGCGAUCCCGCAGCCGUCGCGGCUACUGGGAGAGGCGCUCCGGUCCCUCCAGGAGAUACUACGGGUCUCCCUCGCCAGGCCGGUCCCGCAGCCGGUCCCGUUCUCGGGGACGGUCGUAUUACCGAAGAGCCUAUGCGAUAACGCGGGGGCGACGCUCCUACGGCUUUGGUCGCACGGUGUACCCGGAGGAGCCCAGGAGUUGGCGUGCGAGGUCCAAGACGAGGUCGCGGAGCCCAACGCCCUUUCGCUUGAGUGAAAAAGAUCGAAUGGAGCUUUUAGAAAUAGCAAAAGCCAAUGCAGCAAAAGCCUUAGGAACAGCCAACUUUGAAUUGCCCCCUAGUCUCAGAACUGUUCUUGUAUCUAAAGAAACAAACUGUGGAACAGCUGUACCAAAUAAUGGUGCAAAGUUUGAGCUAUCGGAAAAGCUAACAGAAGAUGGAACUAAAAAUCCUAAUGAAAAGGCUUCCCAGCAAAAAACUAUAGCUUUUAGCUCAAAUAAUUCUGUAGCAAAGCCAAUGCUUCAGAAACGAGCUAAAGCUACUGCUGAAGAGAUCUCCUCAGGAUCCCCAAAAAUAGAACAUAAAAAAAGUCCAUAUGAUUUGUGGAAACCUGUUUGAAAAGGAAGACUAAUGGCUAAGGUUACUUGAAAUGCACUUUAUCGCAAGUUUGUUUCUAGCAUUAUUUCAUUACUGUGAGCAAUUUAAUGGAAAUUACUGAAUUACAGACAACACCAAAAGACAGUAAAUACUUCACAUUUAAAUAACAUUUUAGAUUUCUCUUACAGAUGUGCGAUAAUAGAGAUGGACCAGAGGGUUUCGUACAGGUGGGAGUCUUGUAAAUACAUUUCAUCUUUUAUGUAAUAGCGAUUGGUUAUAUAGAAGUAAAAUUUCUAAGACACAGCGAUUAAACUGUGUUCAUGUUGUAUAUAUGUAUUAAUAAAAUUUUUGUUUUUCUUA